AGCCCGGCGCAUCCCCCGGCUCGUCCGCGUGUCCCCGGUGCCGCCCGGGGCCGCCCCGGGGGCGGGGGCGGCUCUGAGCCCUCCCGCGCCCGAUCAAAACCCCGCGGAGGCGGCGCCCGGCGGCGCAGAGCCCGGUGGCACCGGCACCGGCAGGCGGGGACCGGGACCGGCACCGGGACCGGGCAGGGGACGGGCAGGGUGCGGGCAGCCCAGCAGCAGCAGCAGGAUGGCGAGCGGGACCCCCGUCCCCCAACCCACCCCAUCCUCAUCCUCCCGCCCCGUCCCCCGCGUCCCGGGGGGCCGCUGAGCGCCGGUGGCCGGAUCCUGGGUCCAUGCCCCCGUCCCCCGCCAUGGAGAGCCCCGAGGGGGGGUACUCGGUGCAGGCCACCGCCGCCAUCGCGGCCGCCAUCACCUUCCUGGUGCUCUUCACCAUCACGGGCAACGUGCUGGUGAUCAUGGCCGUGCUGACGAGCCGCUCGCUGCGGGCGCCCCAAAACCUCUUCUUGGUCUCGCUGGCGGCCGCCGACAUCCUGGUGGCCACGCUCAUCAUCCCCUUCUCGCUGGCCAAUGAGCUGCUGGGCUACUGGUACUUCCAGAAGACGUGGUGCGAGAUCUACCUGGCCUUGGACGUGCUCUUCUGCACCUCGUCCAUCGUGCACCUCUGCGCCAUCAGCCUGGACCGCUACUGGUCCGUCAGCCGCGCCAUCGAGUACAACGCCAAGCGGACGCCGCGCCGCAUCAAGUGCAGCAUCCUCAUCGUCUGGACCAUCGCCGCCGUCAUCUCCCUGCCGCCCCUGGUCUACAAGGGCGAGAAGAAGGCGGCGCCGGGCGGACGGCCGCAGUGCAAGCUCAACGAGGAGGCCUGGUACAUCCUCUCCUCCAGCAUCGGCUCCUUCUUCGCCCCCUGCCUCAUCAUGAUCCUCGUCUACCUGCGCAUCUACCUGAUCGCCAAGCGCCGCCACCGCCGCGGCCAGAGCCCCCCCGCCGCCCCCAGCCCCUCGGGUUCGGUGCCCCCAAACGCCGCCCCCACCACCGAUGGGGACACCCGGGGACCCCAUCCCCUGCCGGCAGACAGGACCUCGCUGCUCAGCCCCGAGGAGCCGUCGGCGGCAGCGGUGGCGACAGCGGGGGCCGGCCAGGGGUCCGAGGGGUCCCCACAGCCCGUGGGGCGCCCCAGGGACACGUUGGCCACGGGGACGGGGCGGGUGGUGCUGGCACCCACGCUGAGCCCCAGCCCCUGGCGGAGGAAGGCGCAGGCGAACCGGGAGAAGCGCUUCACCUUCGUGCUGGCCGUCGUCAUCGGCGUCUUCGUCCUCUGCUGGUUCCCCUUCUUCUUCCUCUACAGCCUGGGCGCCGUCUGCCCCCGGCGCUGCAAGGUGCCCGAGGGCGUCUUCCAGUUCUUCUUCUGGAUCGGCUACUGCAACAGCUCCCUCAACCCCGUCAUCUACACCGUCUUCAACCAGGACUUCCGCAAGGCUUUCCGCCGCAUCCUCUGCCGCCGCGGCGCCCGGACGGCGUGGUGAGGGGCUCGCCCCCGCCCGGAGGCACUGCACCUUGCCCCCCCAGCCCCCCGACGCUACGACGGGUUCGUGCCGCGGUUUUCGGGGAGCUUUGCUCUUCCUUCCACCCCUCUCACCUUCGCUGUCUCUGCCGGUCCUGGUGGCCG